UCAUACUAUCCGUGUCUCACACACACUACUCUAUCAAAUGCCGCACGCUGUCAGUCACCGUACAGUAAACAAACAAAUAUCCAAACCCAACUUCUGGCCACGAAAAUGGGCUAUAAAACGAAAUUCGUGCAAGAUUUAUGCACAACCAACACGGAAAUUUACGAGGAAGUGCUCCAGUUCGUUUUGAACGAGAAUAGAUUUUUUAACAAUGUACAAAACUUGCGGAAAUCAUCGCUCGAAGCAUUGGUGUACAUGCUGCUUGUAAAACAGCGUGGAAAACUGCCGAACACGAUGCUGGGUAGUGACAAAUUUAAUCUGCAGAGCAUUGUAACGCUCAUCGAUCUAAACCAUUUGCGGCUACAACAGGACAGUGAAACCUUCCGCUGGGUCUUAAGUGCGCUGACGCUGAUCGUUUUGAUCGAGAAGGAUGAUCAAUCCGUUCGCUUACAGUUGGAAGCAAUCGUGAAUGUAUUUGAUCGUGAUUUUCACGAACUACCAAUAUACUAUGAUGUACUGCGAACGUUACUCAUUUUAGGCAAAGAAAAUCCAGAGCUAGCUCCCGUAUGCGGUGGAUUGGACGGUGAGCGAAUGGUUCGAAGAUUGGCAUCGGAAUCGAGCGUAAUAAGAAUUAAAGCAUUGGCCUGCUUACAAACGAUGAUGGAAUUCAACACUGCCCUGUACAAUCAGUGGCUGCAUCUACUUCAAGAUUCAAAGCUUAUGAUCGAGAGCAAAGUUUUCAUACUGUACCAGCUGAUGGAAACUUUACUACGUUUAGGCGAUAGGAAUAAUGACAUAUUGCAAACCCUGCAGACCGAUUACGUUUGGUUAAUAUGUAUCGAAGGUUUCGCUACCAAGGAUCCCGUAUGCCGGAAGGAAACUUUAGCCUUUGUACAGUACGCCAUCCGUUACGCGAAACAGUGCGACCAGAAACUAGAUGGACAGUAUUUCCAUUGGUCGCCUGAGACAGCAGAAUCGGCACAACUCGCAUGGCUAUCGUUCGUGACUAUCGUGGAAGCGCUGAAUGAAUCCCAGACGCAUCUUAUUCUGCCAGCACUGGAACUGAUUGUAAAAGUGGACACUUUGCAUACCGUAUGGAAAAACGUUCUACUUCGAUUGAUACUGCUACACGAAAAUGUACGCGUAGUGAACCAUGGAUUGUACUACUUCUUAAAGAACAGAUUAUUCGAUCCAAUUGAAACGGAACUGGAGAAACAGUUUUUGGAAACUUUCAAUCGAAUGGCUGUUUUUGAAAAUGUGCCGGAAAUGAUUGCCCACCUUACUGCUUACUACAACGCACGGGAAUCUUUUGCCUUUUUGUUGCAAUCAAUUCCCGACAUCGGAUGGAACUCGAUACCUUAUUACUGCAUCUCAAGCGUAAUAUACAAUGUAAUAAACGAAAUAGACACUGCCACGAUAGAGAACCAUUUAUCGGUUCAAUCAAUAACGGGUUGUGUUAAAAUAUGUCACGACAUUAAAAACGUGUCGUUGCGGUACAUUACAUUCGCACUGCUACUUAAAAGCAUACCCCAGUUUUUGGUACAAAUGAGAACGGGCGACAGUUCCUUAAUCUUGCUCACUGUAGUAAAAGAAAUUGAGAAGCUUUCGUCAGUUUUUAAAAUGUCGCUGGAACAAUUCCAAAACGCAACAGGUUCCACGCUUUGCGAUUGGAUUACAACGGAUGCUCUAAUGCAGUAUUUGGAAAAAGUUACCGUUAAGGAUGCCUUCCUCAUCGAAGAACUGUUAGUGAAGCGUAUUUCAAAAAUUCCCACCCUGGAACAGGACCAACUGCUCGACAAAUUGUUUCACACAAAUCAACCCGUUUAUUUGAAUGUGUUGGAAAAACUCCCAGAAUUACAAAUAACUCGCAUGAAAAGCAUUAAUGAAGUCAUACAAUCUACGAUGAGUACCAUCAUGAAAGCAGAAGAAACGAACCAAAAGAUUGCUUCCAGCACAUUCAGCAUACUCGCGCAAAUGAUCAGUCUAAUGCGAUCGUCCGUAGAAGGAAAAUGUUUAAACGAUUGGCAAGCCCUACUAGUGUAUAUGCGUAGUUUAGUGAGCAUGCGGUUAGCAUCGUUUGAUUAUACGCAAUCUGUUGCCAUAGAGACGAUUCAAUUAACGUGGCUUUUUGUAGUACGUAUGAAGGAUAGCACGCUAGCGGAGAAGUUUUCUCAUUCGGUAUCACUAAAAGCCCUGAAGGACAGCUUUCGACGCCAUCAAACAACGGAACCUCCAUCGAUUGAUGAAGUGUAUGGAAUGAUAACCGAAAUUUACCUCAGUCACUGCCAAUCCAAGAAACAAUCCGAGGGAGCGUUUGCAUCCGAAGAAGAUUGGUCCAAACUGAUCGGUUUACUCGACGUAGGAAAUAUACACGUAUUGACGCUGGUGUUGGAGAUACUUUACACCGAGACGGGAUCGGGAGAAGAUGCUUACGAUACUGGUCGAUUAGCUGUAGUGGAUCGUUGCUACAAGGAAAUUUUAAAUUAUCGCAAAUCGGACCAUUUCAUGAAGCUUAUGGAAAAGUUUAUGGAAAUGCUAAUGAUGCCUUACAUUCGUGUAACCGAUCUAACCGAACAGGAUAUGGUCGAGAUUCAUCCCCGAGUUACCGAGUACAUUACUAUGUUUCUUGAACAGGCCAACACAAUUUAUGGCUUGGCAAACAUUGUGUUUGAAACCAUAUUUCAAGUGCCCGUUGCAAUUAUUCUAAACUGGGGAAGUUUUGGUAAGCUACUGCUGCAGGGCAUGAUUUUCGGGGAUGUACCAAAACGUGAUCAAAAACUGGAAUGUGAUGUAGUUGAUCAAUGCGGGAUAAUCGUUCCGUUCAAACAACAUUCCCGCUACCAAGCCCAAGCGGAUGCACGCGUUCGUGUGUUGUGUGUCCAAUAUCUGUACCAAAUUGUCAAGGCCAACCAUCCGGAUGCGGUGCUCUUUCUACUUAAACUUGAACGCAUGCUAAUCGAACGAUUCACCCAAAUCACAAAAACGAAGGAACGUUAUUAUGCCGAUUCCAUCACCCACCGGCAGAAGCUGCGGAUCGUGCAGGCCUUGUGCGUGGUACUCAAACUGACCGGUACCAAACCGUACCCCUUGCUGGAGAUUAUGUUGUACGAAACGAAUCAACCCAACAUUAACUAUCUGAUCGAGCUGAUCGUGGCGGACAGUGGAAUCGAUACGCUUACGAUCGCUAACUCGCUCCGAAACGAGAAGGUUAAAGUGUCCGGCAUACAGUCGGUAUUCGUUAUACUUUGGUUGCGCUGCUGUCAGACCAAUGUGCUUGAUGAGCAGUACGUCUACCUGCUGCUCCCGUGGACUAUGGCACAAAACUUUUCCACCCGACUGUACGCACAAAUAACGAUCAAGAAACUGAUCGCAAAGUUCUCGCCCACUCCGCUCGACGAGGGACCAUACAAGGAGCUAUACGCUGCCGUUAAUAGCUAUCUACGGCAAGGCAAUGUAGAGCGUAACAUUGAGAAAUGUAUGAAAGAUUUUCGCUUCAAUAGUGUGUUCGAUUAUUGCAAUCUUCUUACGAUGGAAAACAUAUUUCACAACAUACCGAAAGUGUCGGGUGCUCCAGUAGAGGAUAUCGUCGGAACAACCAUCCUAAGGGAAUGCUUUCAAACUCUUGAUCUCGGUGACAUCAACCUUGGCCACGCGCUCGAGUUUGAAGAACUGCAGAACGAAAAGCAUGAAAAUCUUUUCCUCGCCCAAUCGGUCGGAGGGACAGAGUUUGUCCAGCGAAAGAUAGUUCCUCUGAAAACUUUAGAACCUAACCAAGAUUUGCUGUUGGGGUUGCCUCAUCAUUUAUGCGCUAAAAAGAUGGAUUCCACCGAAGGGAUGAUAGUGAUCGCCAGCUUAGUUAAUCGCGCACCAAACCUCGGUGGCUUAGCCAGAACGAGUGAAAUAUUUGCCGUCAAGCAGCUCAUUAUAAACUCGCUACAAGAUAUCGAUAAUAAGGAAUUUAAAGCACUAAGCAUGACCGCUGAAAAGUGGCUUAAUGUGGGUGAGCUAAAGGCGCACAAGAUAGUCGAGUAUCUGGAGGAAAUGAAGGCCAAAGGGUAUGCAAUUGUCGGUGCAGAACAAACUACCGGAAGCAAACCGAUUCAGCAGCUUAAGUUUCCCAAAAAAUGCAUUCUCGUGUUGGGACACGAAAAGAACGGACUACCGGCAGAGAUCAUUAGACAUUUGGAUUUAAUCGGAGAAAUACCUCAGUUCGGUGUCGUUCGUUCACUAAACGUGCAUGUUACCGGGGCCAUUUUCAUGUGGGAAUAUGUUAAACAGCAUCAGGUUGUUACGGAGCUGUAAGAUUUACGGGCAAACGUGUAAAUUUCUAUAGAUAGAUGGAGAUGAUAUUUUAUUUUUAUAAAAAUACACGAAAAUUAAAAUGUGAUAGAUUUCGAUUGAAAGAAAAGAUACAAUUUACUAAUCGAAUGAUCAUUUUGAUUUUUUGUAUACAUUGUUACUUUUGUAUCGAUCGAACGCCGACACGAUAGAGACAAGCCUCCCAAAAGCGAGAAUGCAAAUGAGCUUAUCUCCGCUUGGUUGCGUCCCUUAUGCCCUGUUCCCAUGCGACAAACAACAUUAGAAAAAC